AUGUUAACGAAUAAUAGAUUAAUUAUUUUAUUAAUUAUUCAUUUAAUUGUGGGUAUUUUAAUUGGACUUUUUAUAAGUACUAAAAGAUCUGUAAAUGAACUAAAUUAUAGUUCAUCGACAAUACUGAAAAAAAACUCAACAAAAACUCCACUUAAUAUGUCACCUCAUAUUGAAAUAAUUGAUUUUAAUAAACCAAUUAACGCAAAUUUUACAUGUAUGAAUACGAAAACACUUCUACAUUUUUUUAAUUCUUCUAUAUGUGUAUAUGAUUCAAAAAGAGAUUCAUUUUUAAGUGCAGCUUUUCGUGAAUCAAUUUCGAUUUGGGAUGAAGAAGGUGUAACUCGUAUACUUCGACUUCUUCUUCGUUAUCCACAUCUUGAUUUUAUUGAUAUUGGAGCUAAUAUUGGUACUUAUACAAUGUAUGCUGCUGCAUUAGGUCGAUUUGUAUUAGCUAUUGAAUGUUUUGCUCCUAAUACUGAUCGUAUACAUCGUGCUGUCCAAUUAGCAAAUGUUUCUAAUCGAGUUGUUCUUGUAAAAAAUGCACUUUAUACACAUUCGGGACAAUAUUUACGUUUAUCAAAUCAUCCAAUUAAUGUUGGAGGCCAAGAAUUAGAUGUUGUAACAAAACCAAAACCUAAUCAACAAACAAUAUCUAAUCAAAGUAUAGUAAAUGAUCCAUAUAUAGUAAAAACAAUAACAUUAAAUGAAUUAGUACCGAUAUUACAUGCACGUGGUAUGCGUGGAGCAAUAAUAAAAAUGGAUAUAGAAGGAAGUGAAAGUUUUGCUCUUGAAAGUGGAAGUCAAGUAUUUGAUUUAUUUGAUAUACCAUUUAUACAAAUGGAAUGGUUUAAAGUACGCGGUUUUCCUGAUCGUGCUAAAUUCUUAUUAGAUUUUUUUACUAAACGUGGUUAUGUACCUCAAACAUUUCAAUGUCAAGUAUUAGAUAUACAACGCACGGACGUAUGGCCUAGUGAUUUAUGUUGGACGAAAAAAGAUUUUUCUUUUUGUUAA